GAGAGAGCUUUAAACAGAAGCGAAGAAAACCCUAAAAAGCAAUGAACCCUCUUCACCACCACAUUCAAGAUGCUAUGCAUUCUCUUGAUCAUUUGUCUCUUAAGCUUUCUUUCUUCUCUUACCAAUGCAACUCUCAACCUUACUCUUCUUCCUCAUGAACACCCAAACCCCGAAGCAGUCGUUCAAGAGGUGCAAUGGAGCCUUAUGGAGUACUCCCUCUCAACAAGGAAACUUAUGGAUUUCCAAGAGACCGAUCAGACUCUGGUUAAGUGCCUGACUGGAAACCCGGUCGACGACUGCUGGCGGUGCAACCCUAAUUGGGCAUCCAAUAGGCAGAAUUUGGCUGAUUGUGGCAUUGGUUUUGGCCGGGAUGCGCUCGGAGGCAAGGGCGGUCCGGCCUAUAUUGUCACUGACUCCUCCGACGCCGUGAAUAAGCCGGGCACAUUACGUUAUGGCGUCUCCUUAAACCAGCCCUUAUGGAUCAUCUUCUCCGGGGACAUGACUAUAAGGCUGAAAGAGAAGCUGAUGAUGACUAGCUUCAAGACCAUCGACGGCCGUGGCGCCAACGUCCACAUUGUUGGCGCCGGUUGUCUAAUUCUAGAUCAGGUUAGCAAUGUGAUCAUCCACAAUGUCCAUAUCCAUGACUGCCUCCCUUCCAAAUCAGACGGCGAUGGUAUCACCAUCACGGGUUCAAGAAGGAUUUGGGUCGACCAUUGUACUCUCUCCCGUUGCACCGAUGGCCUCAUCGAUAUUACACUAGGCUCCACCGGCAUCACUGUAUCAAACAACUAUUUCUCCCACCACGACAAGGUGAUGCUUUUAGGACACAGUGACGAUUACGUCGCCGACUCAGGCAUGCAAGUGACGGUGGCACUGAACCAUUUUGGUGAUGGCCUAGGGCAAAGGAUGCCAAGGUGCAGGCAUGGUUACUUCCACAUUGUUAAUAACGAUUACAAGCAAUGGGGGAUAUAUGCAGUCGGCGGGAGCGCGAAACCGACGAUAAACAGUCAGGGUAAUCGAUACAUGGCGCCGGAGAACACGAAUGCAAAAGAGGUGACGAGGAGAUUGGACACCCAAGAGAAUGAGUGGGUGAAGUGGGAUUGGAGAACUGAGGGAGACAUGUUGGUUAAUGGAGCAUUCUUUGUGCCUUCAGGGGAUGGAGCUGGGGUUAAGUAUGCAUUAGCAUCAAGUACUGAGCCCAGAUCAGCUAUGAUGAUUGACCAGUUAACCAUGAAUGCCGGUGUAAUGGGUGUGGUCAAGGACAGUAAUGGUGGGACUCUUCCAAAUACCAUUUGUGGUGGGCCUGGGUCUGUGACUGAUCCGGGUACGGCAAUGGGAAAUGGUGCAGGGGCUGGGAUGGGUAUAGGGUCGGGUACUGGUAUUGGAGUGGGCACAGGUCCGGAUACGAGUGGAAAUUGGGGACCAUUUGUCGGCGGAGGAUUGGUUUAUGGGAGCAGUGCCCCAUCACCACCCUCCAUUUUCUUAUCGUAUCGACUUCUUAUAUUAUGUGUUUUUUAUUUUUAUAUUCCAUAAUCCUUUUGUAUUUUUGGUAUUAAGGAAUAGGUUUCAAAGUCA